GUAUCCGUGGCAGUGCAGUGCUUGCACACGAUUUGCCACUCGAUGGGAGUCCGGACUGUUGCUCUGACCAUCCCACCCAGCCACGUCCUCUCUCGGUCUGCAAAGCAUCGGGCACGUUGGGAGGAAGCCAACCAUCGCCUGCUGAGCUGGUCACAGAAUGUGGGCUGCCACGAAGGCGUCGCCACCUCCAUCGAUGUGGCUGCAAUGCUCCCAGGGGAGGCUAAAGGACACCAUUUCGAUUCACAGUCGGAGAAGCAGCUCGGUGCUGCGCUGGCUCCGCUGCUGAUGCCGCUCCUCCAGUCGCGUGAUUCCCUCGCGCGGCUUCCCAACAGCGCUGGCGGCCCUAUGCCGCAGUUCUUGGAGGUGCCGCGGGUGGCCACUGUGCAGGGUGACCCGUCCACAGGUCGCCAUCUUCGGCUGCUCUUCUAUGGCGACAGCCUGACAGCAGGCUACCAUGCAUCUGGCUGCUUGUUCGCCCCAUAUGCCGAAGCUUUUGGCCGGGCCGCUUCUCUUGGCCCACCAUGCGAGCUUUGGGUGUGCGGCCUAAGCGGCUUGACAGCCGUGCAAUUGGCAUCCAAGGCCGGUUCGGCAAAGAUCCGCGAUGCAGUUCUUCGACAUGGCCCAGGGAUUCGCAGGCUUCUCGAGGAACACGGCCCUUUCGACCUUACCUUCAUCAUGCUUGGAACGAACGAUCUGUCGCGGUUCGAGGCCAGCCAGAUCGUGAUGGCCAUAAAGAAUAUCCAUCACGAGUGCCACAAAGCGGGCUCUCCAACUGUUGCCUUGUCUGUUCCUCCCAGCGGCGCGCUGCUGCGUUUCGAAGAUUUGGUCGAAUGCCGGCAGGACGUCAACGAAGAGCUUCAGGCCUAUGCAAAGCAGCAGUCGAUGGUGACCUACGUGGAGACUGGCGACCUUCUCCCGUUCUCCAGGGACAGCGAGCACUGGGAGCCCGAUGGGCUGCACUUUUCCCGGCGCGGCUCGCAGGCUUUAG